GGUAGCUUCAGCGAAUGGGUGAGUUUGUCCCUUCAGAGGCUGAUUAUUUCUGAUGACGGAAGUGAUCAAAACUUCUCAAACUCUGUUCGAUUUCACGCGAACGGAUCAAUUAGGAAGCUGGACGGAAUGCUCGGACACGGUCAAAACGACUGGAAUGUCCAAAGCAGCGCUGGUUAUGCAGAAGACGCAAUUGGUUCAAAGGGCAAUAUUCUUCACUCUGUUCAAUCCAAGGCCGAAUAGGACGGGAUAUGCCGCAGUCAGAUGUGAUACCAAUUUCGAUCUUUCCGGGUCUAAUUACAUAACUAUUAAGUGCCGGGGACAGGGAACUAAUUGGAAAUACAAGAUGUUGCUCAGGCACAAGGGACUGGACAAGAAUGCUGUUGUUUAUGGCCAAGUAUUUACGGCACCUGAAAACGAAUUCGCAACCAUAAAACUACCCCUCGCAGAAUUCAGGCCGUACUACAGAGGGCAAGAGAGGCCCCUGGAGGAAAAUCCCCUGGAUACAUCUUCAAUAACGAAUAUCGCUCUCAAAGUGGACAUGGGCCCGUACUUACCUGAGAAUCAACCAGGUGUAGCUGCUUUGGAAAUUGACUGGAUCAAAGCCACCAAAUGACGAAAUCUAUCGAAAUAUUUUUCUCCAUAAUGUCUGCCGUCCUCAUUUGCUCAUUCUAUUGUUCAUCUCACACAUGAAAAAAAUUUCUAGAAAUCCCUGCCGAAAUCGACAGAAAAUUCUAUUGAAUUUCUAUUAGAUUUCAGCCGAUUCUAUUGCAGAAUUCCGCAGCUUCAUUGCGCGUUUUUUCAAAUAGAAAAUGUUCAAUAAAAAUUGUUUUUUUAGAAAAUAUCAGG